AUGGGCCCGAAGCAGAAAGGAGGCGGUUCGGGGAAGCAGAAGGGGAGCAAUAAUGCUGCGGAGGAGGUGGAGGAGUCGUUGCAGGCAGUGGUCCUCGCGGAUACCUUCGAGACCAAGUUUGAGCCCUUCACGCUCGACCGACCGAGGUGUCUUUUGCCGCUCGCCAAUACACCGUUGAUCGAGUAUACACUCGAGUUCCUUGCCAAUGCAGGUGUUGAGGAGGUGUUCUUAUACGGAGGAGCGCAUUCGGAUCAGCUGGAGAAAUACAUCAAUGCAUCGAAAUGGAGAGCUCCUUCUUCGCCGUUCAAGCAGUUGACGUUUCUCAAGUCCACGUCUACUUCCGUCGGAGACGUAAUGCGCGAUCUUGAUGGAAAGCACUUGAUAACCGGCGACUUUAUCGUCGUGAGUGGCGAUGUGAUCAGCAACCUACCAAUUGAGGGGGCCUUGGCAAGACACCGUGCUCGGCGGCAAUCGGACAAGAAUGCCAUCAUGACCAUGAUCCUACGCGAGGCGGGAUGCAACCACCGGACCAAGGCGUCGUCGGUCUCGCCCGUGUUUGUCAUCGACCCGACAAAAGAUCGCUGUUUGCAUUACGAAGAGAUUGACCACACCGACCGCUCGUCCUCUCAUCUCAACAUCGAAGCCGACAUCAUCACGUCUCAUGCGGAGAUCGACAUCCGACAGGACCUCAUCGACUGCAGCAUCGAUAUCUGUACGCCAGACGUGCUGAGUCUGUGGUCCGACAGCUUCGACUACCAAGCUCCCCGGAAACAUUACCUGUACGGUGUGCUGAAGGAUUACGAGCUCAACGGCAAGACGAUCCACACCCACAUCAUCAAAGACCAUUAUGCCGCCCGCGUGAGGAACCUGAAGGCCUACGAUGCGGUCAGCAGGGAUAUCAUCUCGAGAUGGACGUAUCCUCUGUGUCCGGACACCAAUCUGCUCCCGGGUCAUACCUACGAUCUCCGCAAGGGCAAUCUAUACCAGGAGCAAGGCGUCACGCUGGCCCGGUCCUGUGUGAUCGGCCGGCGGACCGUCAUCGGCCAGGGCACGAGCAUCGGUGACCGGACGACAGUCAGCAACACUGUUCUCGGCCGCAACUGCAAGAUCGGCAAGAAUGUCACUCUGGACGGGGCCUACCUUUGGGACGGCGUUGUGGUCGGCGACGGCACCGUCGUCAAACGCGCCAUACUUGCUGAUAGUGCGGUGGUUGGCAAGAGCUGCACGAUCGAAAACGGCGUCCUUCUCUCUUACGGGGUUAAAAUCGCUGACCAGAUGAUCAUUGAGGAAGGGAAGCGCAUCACCACGUCGGAACAUGACGGUGGCGACGCCCGCACAGAUUCGGAGGUGGUGGGCGAAGGCGGAGAGGGUCACGAGUAUGUCCGUGAUGAGGACGAGGAUGAGGAUGACACCGCAAGUGUUGCUUCGUCAGGGUUGAUUUACAACAUGGCAAACCUCUCUCUAUCCACAGACUCGAUUUCAACGCUAUCAUCCGACAUCUCCGAUGGAUACUAUGCUGGGUCACGGUCCGGAAGCUUCGGCACGUCGUACUCUGAAGACGAGGACCAGGAUCACUUCCACCACGAUGCUUCGGUGAGUGUCUUCGACAGCCUACGGGACAACGUGUCGUCGGACGUGGUGCAGCUUGAGCUGGUGAGUUUGCGGAUGAGUGCGAAUGCAUCGGAACACCAAGUGCGCCGGGCGGUGGUUUCCGCCUUUAUGAAACGCAUCCAGCAGCUCGUCGAAGGCGGCAAGGGAGCCAGCGACGCGGUCAAGGAGGUCUUCACCAAGUACCGCGAGGUGGUCGAACGCAGUAUCUUUGACAAAGAGGCCGACGACAAGACCGACCAGGUGGACCUGUUGUUGCUCAUUCAGCAGGACCUGAUCCACCGCCCCAAGGGCGACACCGUCCUGUUGUUCACCGCCAAGGAACUCUACGAUUUGGAGAUCGCAGAGGAAGAGGCCUUUGAGCAAUGGUGGGCGGACGAGCGCUCCAGCAGUAACGAAGAGAUGCGCAAGGUCCGCAGCCAGACGCAGCAGUUUGUCGACUGGCUCGCCAGCGCAGAAGAAGAGGAGAGCAGCGAUGAAGAGGAGGAGGAGGAGGAGGAGGAGGAGGAAGAGGAGGAAAGCGAUGAGGAGUAG